UCGCUGGCAGGCCCUAAAUGCUUCCUUGGUUUAUAAAAGAAAUAGCAAUACUUAAACCAUGGAGGAAGCUUUAACUAACUGCACAUUUAUACAGGAACAUCGUUGGGGGAACUUGUGGCUCUAAGUUGCUGCACUAGAUGUCAAUAUGGAUCAAGAGCAACUAAGAAAACGAUUCAAGGCUGGAUUUCUGGCUGCUUCAAAGAACUUUGACGAAAAUGACUUAAAUGUUGAUUUGUCUGGCAAAUCUUUUAUGUUGAACGGAGCAAACACAGGCAUUGGGAAAAGGGUAACUAUGGAACUUGCUAAACGAGGUGGAACAGUCCAUAUGAUUUGCCAGCAUGCUGAUGAGAAAACGAGGAAAGAGAUUGUUGAGAAAACUGGGAACAUGAACAUACAUCUACACGUAUUGGAGCUAUCCAAGCCCAGAGAUGUCUACGACUUCGCAACAAAGUUCGCCGAGGGCUGGAAGGAGCUUCAUGUGUUGGUGAACAAUGCUGCAGACGUAGUAAAAACCAGAGACAUCACCGAGUAUGGUUUGGAAACAAACUUUGCAAUAAAUACCAUGGGGCCGUAUCUCCUUACGAAGACUCUGCUACCAACCAUCAACAGGACGCCUGGAUCACGAGUGGUCAUGGUUUCUACAGGCGGUGUCUACAAAGAAAAACUUAAUCUCUCCGACCUUAACAACGAACACAUGGAACCAUUCGAUGGGCACGAUUGCUAUACACGUAGCAAGCGUCAACAACUGAUCAUGAAUGAAACGUGGGCCAAGGAGUAUCCGAACGUGCACUUCUCGACAAUGCGUCCUGGGAUAGUGGAUACGCCCUUAUUGUACAAAUACCUACCGGUUGAAAGGAUUCAGAUAAUGCGUGCAAAUGACAUACUGCGCACACCGGAACAGGGUGCGGAUACCAUCGUGUGGCUGUGUGCCGCAGAGAAGGUCGCCCAACAACCAAAUGCGCAGUUUUAUUUGGAUCGUUCGGUCGUACCUGAACAUUUACCUGGACUGGACACGGACUCGUCAUUUGAAGAGAAACGGCAACUCAUGCGCUAUCUGGAAAAACUGGCUGAUGACGUCAGAAAGGAUGCAUAGGUCAAAGGUCAUUGCAGAAAAUGCCACAAUACAGAAACAUCUCUUCUCUGAGUUUUCAAAAUGAUUUUUUAAAAUAUAAUUUGGACAAUUACUUGGGGUGUAAUUUUGAUACUUAGUGAUCUCUUUCUCAAUUGGCUACAAUCAUUGAUAGCUUCAGUGAUACAACCCCCCCGGGGCGGCGAGUACGAUUCGCACAUGUUUUCUGUUGGAUGUCGUGCAUGCGCAAAAUAAAUCUGUCAAGUAUAAUAUAACUAUGACAUCCGUCUGAGACAGCUCUAGAUGAAAAACCGAACCGAAUCUUAGGUGAUUGUAAUGCCUCCUGCUGGCAUUUAGAGAGAGAGAGAUA